UGAAAAAGAUAAAAACUAAUGAGAGAGGAAGUUGCUACGAAACUUCGGCGUCUUCCUUUUCUACUUUAAAACUUGUAACAACUUCUUAUUACCACUUACUCUUAUCUCUCUUUCUUUCUUGCUCUCUCUCUCACUCCCAGAUCAGUCUCGAUCAUGGCGUCGUUCAUAGAUCUUUUCGCUAGCGACAUCACGACGCACCUAAUAAAGCUUCUCGUUAUGGUAGCUAACACAAUCUACAGUUGCAAAGGAAUAGCAGAACGACUGGUCACGAUGAUCAGAGAUGUUCAACCAACGAUCAGGGAGAUCCAAUACAGUGGCGUGGAACUAAGUAACGAUCGCCAGACUCAACUGGGAGUGUUCUUUGAGACCUUGGAGAAAGCAAGAAAGCUUUGCGAAAAGGUUUUAAGAUGCCGUAGAUGGAAUCCUAAACACGUAUACCACGCCAACAAGAUGAAGGAUCUCGAGAAAAAAAUAUCUCGUUUUCUCAACAGCCAGAUUCUUCUCUUUGUUCUCGCUGAGGUAUGUCAUCUACGGGUCAAUGGUGACAGGAUUGAGAGACUGUUAAGUGAGCGGAAUGAUACUUUAUCGUUUCCGGAGACUUUAAUGGAGAUUGAGACGGUCAGCGAUCCGGCGGUUCAACAGGUAGGAUUGGAUUUGGGGAAGAGAAAGGUGAAGGAGAUGAUGUUUAAGUUUACCGAUACCACCAAUCUCUUUGGGAUCUCUGGAAUGAGCGGUUCCGGGAAGACCACUCUUGCAAUAGAGCUUUCAAGAGACGAUGAUGUUCGAGGACUCUUUAACAACAAGGUUUUGUUUCUGACUGUGUCACGCUCUCCGAAUUUUGAGAACCUCGAGUCCCGUAUACGAGAGUUUCUUAAUGAUGGAGUUCGACAACGGAAGCUAGUGAUCCUUGAUGAUGUUUGGACAAGGGAUUCCUUGGAUAGGCUGAUUUCUAAAAUUCGUGGAAGCACAACUUUAGUAGUCUCACAGUCCAAGCUUGCGGAUCCUAAAACCACUUACAACGUGGAAUUAUUAAAGGAAGAUGAAGCAAUGUCCCUCUUGUGUCUUUGUGCUUUCGAGCAAAACUCCCCGCCUUCUCCGUUCAGCAAAAUUUUGGUGAAGCAGGUUGUUGAUGAGUGUAAAGGUCUACCUUUAUCUUUAAAAGUUCUUGGUGCUUCGUUAAAAAACAAACCUGAAAGAUAUUGGGAAGGCGUAGUUAAAAGAUUAUCAAGAGGUGAAGCUGUUGAUGAAACUCAUGAGAGCAGAGUGUUUUCUCACAUCGAAGAAAGUAUAGAAAACCUCGACCCGAAAAUCAGAAAGUGUUUCUUGGAUAUGGGUGUUUUCCCUGAAGACACGAAGAUCCCUAUUGAUCUUCUCACCAACGUGUGGGUUGAGAGGCAUGAUAUUGACGAGGAAACUGCUUUUUCCUUUGUUCUUCGUUUAGCUGACAAGAAUCUCCUUACUAUAGUGAACAAUCCGAGGUUUGGAGAUGUGCACAUUGGCUACUAUGAUGUAUUUGUUACGCAACAUGAUGUUCUCCGAGACCUAGCCAUUCAUAUGUCUAAUCGUGCGGAAGUAAAUAGGAGAGAACGGUUAUUAAUGCCAAAAAGAGAGUCGGUGCUUCCAAGAGAAUGGGAAAGGAAUAAAGAUGAGCUAUUUGAUGCCAAGAUAGUUUCUCUUCAUACAGGGGAAAUGGAUUGGUUCGACAUGGACCUCCCUAAGGCAGAAGUUUUAAUACUAAACUUCUCUUCGGAUAACUACUUUUUGCCACCAUUCAUUGGUAAGAUGGUUGAACUCAGGAUGCUCGUGAUUAUAAACAAUGGCAUGACUCCUGCACGUCUACAUGGCUUCUCUAUCUUUGACAAUUUGACCAAACUGAGGAGUCUCUGGCUCAAGAGAGUUCACGUCCCUGAACUCUCCAGCAGCACCAUUCCACUGAAAAACCUACGCAAGAUGCAUUUAAUCCUUUGUAAGGUCAGCAACAGUUUUGAUCGGACAACAUUCGACAUCUCCCACAUCUUCCCAAGCUUGUCUGAUCUCACUAUCGAUCAUUGUGAUGAUCUCGUGGAACUAAACUCCAACAUCUCUGGGAUGGCCUCUCUCAAGUCUCUAAACAUAACCAACUGUCCCCGCAUUACUGAAUUACCCAAGAAUCUAAGUAAUCUACAGUCUCUUGAACGUCUAAGGUUAUAUGCUUGCCUGGAGCUGUUAUUCCUCCCGGUCGAAAUUUGUGAGCUGCCAUGUCUAAAGUACGUUGACAUUUCACAGUGUAUUAGCUUGAGUUCUCUUCCUGAAAAUAUAGGAAAGCUAAGGACACUUGAGAAAAUUGACAUGAGAGGAUGCAGUUUAUUGGAUCUACCAAGUCCUGUAGUCUCCCUCGAGUCUCUACGCCAUGUCAUUUGCGAUGAGGAGGCUUCAUCUAUGUGGGAAAAGUUUAAAAGAUUUCUUCCAGAACUUUGUAUUGAAAUCCCUGAAAAACGCUUCACCGUGGAUUGGCUCGACGAUUAGGCUCCUUAUCCAUCAAACUAUUGAUAACCACCUCUUGUCUAAAAUCAUUGCUCAUUAGAGCUAAUUAAGUGUACUUUUAAACGUCUUCAUCUAUAUAAUAUAAAAUCACCUUUAGUUAUCAAUU